GCACACGCCCAGUCCAUCGCGUCCUCCUCUCCACAGAUAGUCCAACGAUGGCAAACUACAACUCUGGCUCUCCUCCGCCUCUUCAGCAUCCCGUCCCCACUCACCCCGCUUUUAUUCCCGAACCUCCAUCUACGCCUGGCUCACCACAGGGCUACCAGCGCUAUGCGAGCUCUCCCCCCGCCCACGCCGUCCCAGGCAUGCCCCAAGGCCCUAGCAGCGCGUUCGCCCAAGGUAACGGACGCUCACAAUACGCUCAACCGCCAUAUCAACCCAUGGGCAACAUGGCCCAGCAUCAGUCGCCAAUGGGGCACAUGCAGGGCAGCAUCUCGCCCCAACAACAACACCCACACCAGCAGCAGCAGCUUCCCGAUUUUGGCGCAUGGGGGGUGAACGAUGCGACCGCCCAGUUUGGCAUGCAGCUCGGUCAGCACGCCGUCGCAGCUGGCCAGGAAUACGUUCAGAAAAACUUCGGCGGCGUCAUCCCCCUCACGAUGCUCAAGCACCAUUUCAACGUCUCCAACUCAUACGUGAUCAAGAAACUCCAGAUUCUCCUCUUCCCAUGGCGGCACUCUCCCUGGUCACGCAAGAUACGUCGGUCCGAGGCCGGUCAGACAGAGUGGCAGCCUCCGCGGGACGACAUUAACAGCCCCGAUCUCUACAUUCCUCUCAUGGCGCUCGUCACUUACAUCCUCGUCGCGGCAUUCCACCUCGGAUUGCAACAGCGCUUCCACCCCCAGGUCCUCGGAGCACUCGCAUCAAAGGCGCUAGCCGUUGUGCUGCUAGACUUUUUGAUCGUCAAGAGUGGCUGCUAUCUGCUGAACGUGCAGGGCUCCGGCCAAGUAGUUGAUCUGGUUGCCUAUGGCGGCUACAAAUUCGUUGGCGUACUGUUGACACUAGUGGCGGGCCUGCUGCAAUUCGGUGGAGUCGUGUACAUGCUCGUAUUCCUGUACGCGUUCUUCUCUGUCGCGUUUUUCAUGCUCCGUUCGCUGCGCUCUGUGGUGCUGCCCGAUGCGAACAGCAACGUGACGGUCAACCCCGCGCAGCGAAAACGUCGGAUUUCUUUCCUAUUCCUCGAGGCGCUGUCCCAAAUAGUGUACAUGGCGAUCCUCGUUAGAGUCUAAUCUUAGUACACCGAGGUCGAGGAUGCGCUUUUGCGUCGGCGCGCUUGUUUGUCGUUUCUCUCAUGUGCUUCCAAUUUAACUCCCCGGAUCAAUACCCUCGGUCACUGGUUACUGUGAUGUUCACCUAAGGUCGUCCAACAGCGAACAUAGC